CGAAGUAUGCAGAAAACUUUUUAUGUGGAAAAUGAACUGUGAUUCACUCUUCAUUUUUUUAAUUCUAAUGGAAGCAUUAAAGAUGCCUUAGUGGGUUGAUUAUAAAGCCAUUUUCACCCUAUUCAAAAGUGUUAGGAAUAUUAUAAUGCUUUCCGUAUCUGGGAAUUGCUAUAAUACAAGAGUGUUUGAGCAACUAACAAUCAUCACUGCGGUAAUAACAGAGAGCCAUAGUAAGAUAGAUUGAUUGACAAUGGAAACUUGCUUCAAUAUCAUUGCAUUCUCUGUUCUCACAGCAGUUCCCAUAACAUUGAUUUGGAAUAAAUCACAGUCCUCUCAUAAGAAACUACAACCACCAUCCCCAUGGAAACUGCCCAUAAUUGGACAUUUGCAUCAUUUGAGUGGUGCUCCACCCCAUCAUUCUCUCAGAAAAGUAUCCCAGAAAUAUGGUCCUCUGUUUCAUUUACAGCUCGGAGAGAUUCCAGCCAUCGUCGUUUCUUCACCCCGAUUCGCCAAAGAGGUAAUGAGAACUCAAGAUCUCACUUUUGCGAAUCGGGCUCUGUUCCUUGCAGGGAAAAUCAUGUGUUACGAUUAUGCAGAUAUCGUUUUUGCUCCAUACGGGGAGUAUUGGAGGGAAAUGCGCAAAAUCUGCAGUUCGGAACUCCUCAGUCCUAAAAGUGUCCGGUCAUAUGUCUCAAUCAGGCAGGAAGAAGCUUCAAAUCUCAUCAGAUCAAUUCAAAAUGCAGCGAUUGGUAAUUCUACACCGAUUAAUCUGACAGAGAAACUGGCAGAAUACACUAGUUCGAUGGUCGUCAGAGCUGCAUUUGGUAGAGUUAGCAAAGAUGACCAGAAUGCAUUCUUAGAGCUAGUCCAGGAAGCAUGGCCUUACACCAGUUCCUUUGAAGUUUCUGAUCUAUUUCCGUCCAUGAAGAUUCUUCAUCAUUUCCUUUCCAUAGAAAAUGAGCUGAUGAAAAUUCACCAUAAGUUGGAUCAAGUACUUGACAAUAUCAUCAAUGACUACCUUGAGGAGAAUCUCGCUAGAUCGGAAGCAUCAUCAUCCUCUGUUGAACAGGGCAACGAAGACCUCAUUGAUGUUCUGCUUAGAGUCAAGGAAGACAAGGACCUUCCGAUUCGAAUCACAAUGGAAAAUAUCAAAGCUGUUUUGAUUGAUGUUUUUACAGGGGGGACUGAAACUUCAUCCUCGACGGUUGAAUGGGCAAUGGCCGAGAUGAUUAGGCAUCCUGAGGUUUUGGCAAAGGCACAAGAAGAGAUCAGGACAGCUUUCAUGGAAAAGGAAGUAAUUGAAGAAGCUGGCAUUCAAGAACUGAAAUACCUAAAGUUAGUGGUUAAGGAAACUCUCAGGUUACAUCCUCCAGUUCCUUUGCUGGUUCCAAGAGAAAGCAGAGAACAAACUGAGAUUGAUGGCUAUAUCAUCAAUCUCAGUUUGUUCUCUGGGCAAUUGGAAGAGACCCCGAGUACUGGGACGAUCCAGAGUGUUUCAAACCGGAGAGAUUCGAAAAUAGUGACAAAGAUUUCACUGGAAAUCACUUCGAGUUUAUACCAUUUGGCGCGGGAAGAAGGAUGUGCCCAGGUUUAUCUUUUGGUCUUGCUAAUGUGUAUCUUCCAUUAGCUCUUUUACUUUACCAUUUUGAUUGGAAACUCCCAAAUGACCUCAAACCGAAGGAUUUAGACAUGGUAGAAACUGUUGGCGCAACUGCAUCAAGAAAAAAUCCACUUCUCCUUGUCGCAAAAUUGUACGAGUCUUCUUCACAAAAGUAAUGCUUAUAUUUGAACAAGAGUUGAUGAAUAAAGCUCUGUAAUUUCAACGUCAGGUUUCAAAUGUAUGCUUUUGGUCUCUUUUGCAUACAUUUUUUUACGAUUAACAGCAGUUUUUCGAAGUGCUCUUGGGAAUUGGGCCAGACAAAAGAUUGAUGACUACAAGCCUGAAACUUAACCCGAA